AUGGUAUCUCGAAUUACACCGCCUUCGUCGUCGCCGACUCAGCCUGACCGUGUGCAGCCAUACGCAGCCGGGCCGUUCGACUGUCAGCAAAAUGACUGGCCCGGCUCUUCUGCACCCCCGCCAAAACGGCGACGCAAAGACUCCCCUGUGGCCGGCGAGCCGGAGGUCAUUGGCUUGUUGAGUAGUGAUGACCUCACACCAGGUCUGGCAAACCGCCAGCCUAGCCAGCCUCAGCACUCGGAGCCAGCGCCAGUGCUGCAGCAAAAUGCAGGUCCUCACGCCCGUCCGUCUCCAGUCAAACAAAGGCCAUCCGGCCCUCCGCGGUCGAAGCCGCGAGCCUCGAACCCUGCCAAAGCCCUGGCCAAGGCUGCUGCCAAUGGGCAAACCGAGGCAGCACCACCCGCCGGGCCUCAAGCUCCAGAGGUAGUUUGCGAGCCACCCCCGACCACCAGUCACCAUGGCCCUCAAAGUGGCUGGGCUGUUGCCCCCUCCGCACCACACCCUCCUGACAGGCAACAAAGCUGGCAGCCGCCAUUACCUGGCAUUGUGCCCCCUCCUCCCUUUCAGCCGGUCUGGAACACCCCAGCGCCACCUGUGUAUCCGCAAGAGGACCCUUGGACGAAUCCCAGCAAUGUUGACCUGUAUCCGAUGAACCCCUUUUUCCAGCAUUGGUACCCUGGGGGACAGCCAUUCUUGCAGCCUCAAGAGCAGCCGUGGUCCCGGCAGCCGAGGUAUGCUUAUGAUAUGCCUGCUCAAACGAACACGUUCGUCAGUUACACCUCACCUGUGUACCCGAUGCCAGUUGACGGGACUGCUGAACGGCCUAUCUUGUUGGAUGAUGAACCGAUCCAGGCAUUUCAUGUCCCUUGA